GUUACUUCGGCUCAUGAUUAACUACCGCAGAAGAAGAUCGAUUCGUCGCCACUCCAGCUGGCUAAACACAUCAUAUCCGCCGCACAUCAACACACGGAAUACAGCUACAGAAAGUUCUUUUCUGUACCAACCCAUGAGUGACAUCGAUUUUCCAUUAGCGCACAUAAUUGUCAGCAGUUGUGUGUAAGUGACACGUUGAGAUGGAUGGAAAAGCAAGUGACCCCUUCAGCAGUGAGGCAGAACAGCUUCCUGGGGCAGGAGUAUUGGGGAGGCUGUGGCUGCCCAAAGGUCUGUCUGGGAAUGUGAUUAAGGAUUGGGUGGACCGCAGGCGAAAGUCCAUCCGUCCAUGGGCCAGCUUUGUGGACCAGCGUAAGUUCUCCAAACCUCGGAAUUUUGGAGAGCUGUGCCAGCGUGUGGUGAGGAAUCUGGACACCUUUCACAGCAACUACGCCUUCAUCUUUUUGGGACUCAUUCUCUACUGCAUCAUCAGUUCCCCGAUGCUCUUGAUUGCUUUGGGAGUGUUUGCUGGUGCCUUCUAUAUAAUUCACUUGAAAACACUGGAAAAGAAGCUGGUUGUUUUCGGUCGUGAGUUGACUCAGGGACACCAGUUAGGUUUAGCAGGAGGGGUUUCCUUCCCUGUGUUCUGGCUCGCAGGUGCAGGAACUGCUGUGUUUUGGGUACUAGGUGCUACACUAGCUGUUAUCGGGUCUCAUGCAGCAUUUCAUGAGCUGGAGUCGUCUGACAUAGAUGAGCUGCUCAUGGAACCUGUUUAAACCUUUCACCUUUUUCAUUUUGGCUCAUGUUAACCUAAAUCGUCUUGCCUCAUCGUUUAUAUUGCCGCAUAUUGUUUUUGCACUAAUUUGGCAAUAUCAGUUUGCUCACAGAUUGGCCAGCAAAGAAAUACAGACUGUUAAACUGACAUGUCCCUAAACAGAUCAAGCACAGUGAAAGACCUCAAAUGCCUUUACUGGUACCUAUUGGAUAUUAUGUUCAUUUGUUACAUCAUUUAUUUCUAUAGCAUCCUUAAAGCACAAACUAAAUUGACUGUGACCCAAAGCAAAAAAUCAAAUUUAGUUGAAAAAACUAUUUCAAUUUAUACUAUCCUUAAAGGCGUAAGUCAACCUAAAAUGAAAAUUCCCAGCUUGUAUGACUUCUUUGUUGCUCUGUGGAACUCAAAUUAAUUGAUUUUGAAGAAUGCUUAGAAUUUUUAUUUUUUUUGUCCACAAUGAAUGGAAAACUGGGUUCAAAACAACAUUGGAACCCAUUGACUUUGAAUGUAUGGACAAA